AUGGAGAAGCUCUCCGCAUUGAAGUUCGCAGGCAAAAAGAGUUCAGAUGGAUAUUGUAUCGCGAAAUCAACAAAUCUGGUAAAAUUGAUAGACUUCGCAACGGGUGCCGACCGGAUCACACCAGCACCUGCCAUGAGCAACACGACCAUUUUGCCGUUGAUUUGGGGCCCUAUUGGGCCGGUUGGCACGAUCUGA